UCAAUUUCUGUUGGCUGAAGCUGUAAAUUGUGCGCCCUGCCGUCGCCACACCCGUAGUUUUCCGGCGAGCACCUCGCCGUCGUCGCAUCGCUAACGUUCUCCGGCGCCGCCGCGAUGUGUCAGAACAAAACGGUCAAAAUCCAAAGAGAAAACCCUCGCCUCCUGUAUGAAUCCCCGCCCCUAGUUGGAGACGCGCCAAGGCGGCCGCGCUGGUGGCUGAUAAACCUCCAGUUAAACCCUAGCAUCUCCCCGCCGCGCGCCGCACGCAGCACCCGCCACCCGUUCGUACGCGCCGCCCCUCGAGCGUCGAGCCGCCUCCGGAAUGGAGGACGAUCGGGAGGAGCCGCCGCCCGCGGAGAACGCGUCCGCCGACGAUAGCUCCAGCUCCGCCGCCGCCGCCGGGAAGAAGGGGUCCCCGUGCGAGGAGUGCGGGGAGCAGGCAUGGAAGUACCGCUGCCCCGGCUGCGCCCGCCUCACCUGCAGCCUCCCCUGCGUCCAGGCGCACAAGCGCCGCACAGCCUGCACCGGCAAGCGCCCCCGCACCGACCCCGUCCCGCUCGCCCAAUUCGACGACAACCAGCUCAUCUCCGAUUACAACUUUCUGGAGGAGACCAAGCAGGUCAGGGAGUCGGCGCACAGGCUCAUCGGCGGCUUCGGCCGCAACUUCGGGGGGCAGGGGGGCGCCCAGCUGCCAAGCUGGCUGUUUUUCCUCCGCAAGGCCGCGCAACGCAGGGGUAUCAGGCUCUACUUCCUCCCCAGGGGCAUGGCCAGGAGAGAGCAGAACCGUUCCCGGCACAACCACAGAAAGGAUUGCAUAUACUGGACACUUGAAUGGAAAUUCAACUCAACAGAUGUUGUCCUAACUGACCAUGAAAUAGAUGAGCACACAACCUUGCUCUCUCUAUUGGAAAAGCAUCUUUGUCCUGGCCCUUGGAAGGAUCAGCUCACACAAUAUCGCAAUACAGAAUUGCGUGACCUGAAACUGUUCAUUCAAAAGUCUGCUAAGGAAUCAGAGUCACCAUACCGCCUACUCAAUAUAGAAGAACCUUUGCGCCCGCAGUUGAGGGGUAUACUUGUUGUCGAGUACCCAAGUAUCAAAGUCUUCCUUCCAUCGGACAGUUAUGACUUUGAAGUCGAGAAAAUGGCGAACAAGCUUGCGAAAGAUGGGAAAACCACUGGCAGCACAACUGACGAGCCACCUGUAGAAGGCAACAAGUUUCAUGAGGAGGAAAUAGAGGAAGGAGAGUUUUCACCUGAGACGGAGAUUAUAGAUCUCAAGGACUGUGGACCUUCGAAUGCCAGUAAACUUGCUGCAGCAGAGGUUACAGGUGAAUCUAGGAGGGAUAACAAUGUUGAUUCUUUGGUGCUCUCAUAUUCCAGCAGUCAAGCUGUACAUGGUCAGCAGAAAGAACCGAAUCAAUAUAGCAAGAUGUCAUCAAAUGGAAGCUCUGGGCGUACAGAAACUAAGUCCCGCAUGGAAGCCUGCCCUCUAGAUAUGGAGAAGGCAAGGGAAAGUGAGUUGUGCUCAAGUGAGCACAUUGCAGAUCUCAAGGAGCAUGGAACUUCAUAUCCUGGUAGCCUUGCGGAAGCGGGAGUUGCAGCUUUAUCUAAGAUAGACCGCAAGACAGAUUCUUUAGUGCCAUCUUCCAUCAACAUCCUUGCACCUGAUGGUGCGACUGGUCCUCAGCAAGAACAGAGUCAACAGAGCAGACAGAUACCAAGCUCAACUCCUGAAGCUCUGAAAAAGAAAUCUUUCAUGAAAGUUUAUCCACUGGACUUUGAGGACAACAAUGGAGGGUUGUUACUGGAGGUACCGGACUUGGCCUUUGAGCAAGAAAUGAUGGAUACCUACCCAGAACUGUUUGGGGAUAUGGAUGUUGACGAUUUCUUAAGCUGUGAUUUUGAAACGAUGACCGCAGACGAAUCAGUGGAAGCAAUGUCUGGGUUACUGUGGGACGACUUGGAGGAAGGGGAGAUUCCAACAAUGUGAAGGAAGAACAUGAUACUUUAGAGCUUGUGCUAGUUCGAGCAAAUGAGUCUGCAUCGUGCUUUUCCUGGGACGUUCUGUAACGUAAUGGUAGAGCACUCAUAUGUACCUGCAGCUACAACUAAGAUUAUGCAGCUUUUGUUAUUUUUUUUAAGAUUUCAUUUUGUUCAGUUCCUCUGGUUUUUUGUUUUUUGCACCUGCCGAUGCCAGACUAGCAUAGUGCUGGGUGCCGUUUGAGCCAAGGUAGCCUGUUGCUCCUUGCUGCAGAAAUUUUGGGGGUUGUAACUUUGUAAUGCUUGUUACCGAGCAAUUCUGAGUUGAAUCCAAACAAUGAACAGCAUUAAGUUGUAUAUGUAGUAUACAGUAUUCUGCAGAAUUCAUUCAUGGUCUACAGAGACAAGUAA